AUGGGCAUGUCUUGGCCUUUCGGGACGUACUGCAUACUAAGGCUUUCCGGUUCCGAAGUGACAAUCUGUGCAUCUGUGGCGAGCGGGAAAGUAUACAACACGGGUGAUAGAACUUCAAAGGAAGGCUGGCGACGCUUCCAACAGCAUAUAAGUACUGUUGCGGAUUUAGUAGAAGAAGGGAGAGGUAAGAUUGAUUGUGCUUCACAGACCAAGGCAGUGGAGGCGGUCUUGAACUUCGCUGAAACAUCGCAACGGUUUCAAAGCUGCGCGCCAUGA